UUUUUUUCCUAAUCCUAUUAUAGUAGAAUUAAUAUUUCAUAAAUCCAACUAAAAUAUGGUCAUAAUUUACGUCUACCUUUUUAAACUCAAAUUAGACAUCCACUCACCAUAUUCCCUAUAUAUACCCUUUAGAAACACAAAUAUUUGUCAUAGUUGCAACAACAAAAACAAAAACAAAAAAUUCUCAAUUUUCAAAAAUCUUGAAAUUUUAACUAAGACAUCAUGAAGGUGAUUGCAGCUUAUUUGAUGGCUCAAUUAGGUGGAAACUCUAAUCCAUCAGCUAAUGAUUUGAAGAAAAUAUUGAAUUCAGUUGGUGCUGAAAUUGAUGAUGUGAAAAUUGAACUAUUAUUAUCAAAAGUUGAAGGCAGAGAUAUUAAUGAAUUAAUUGCUGCUGGUAAAGAAAAAUUGGCUUCUACUACUUCUAUGUCUUUUGGAGAUACAAAUAAUAAUAAUAAUAAUAAUAAUAAUAGUGUUCUUGAUGUUGUUGAAGAGAAAAGAGAAGAAAAGAAAGUUGAGAAAGUGGAAGAGUCUGAUGAAGAAGAUUUUAAUUUUAGUCUUUUUGAUUAG